AUGGCGGCGGCCAGUGAGUCAGAAUCGGCUGCUUCACUGCCCAUAAACGUAGUCGUCAAGACCGAGCCAGGAUCUGAGGAUGGUCUACUCUUCGGCCCGGAGGAUGUGCCGGUUAAGCGGGACCCCGUCGUCCCGCUCAUGGCCCCGGUCAGCGGGCUCCAUCCGCUCGCCUGGUCGCAGGAUCACCGCCUGGCUGUGUGCACCACCAGCUCCAUGUCGCUGAUGGAGCUGGUGUGCGAUGUCCACAGCAACAAACAGGACCUGACGCUGCACAGGACCUCUAUUCCCGUCCCGACCGAAGCGUACACGCUGCGGGUGGGACCGGCAGCAGAGCUAGCUCAAGCGAUGGAGAAGUUCUCUACACAUCCAGACCCCACAGUGAGGCAAGUUUUUCUGGCCGACAGAGCGAUCAACCCAUCGAUAGGACCGCACAAAGGAAUCAAAUAUGGCAGUUGGUCUCCGUUAGGUUGUGACUCAAGCGGGCGCUGUCUGCUCGCUUGCCUAACACUUGACCACAGACUUACCAUACAUAACAGCCACAAGCGUCUCGAGUGGAAUAUGCUAGUCGAUCUCACCAAAAAGUACAGUGAGAGGCUAAAGGAGCGAGGCUACGCCAAAAAAGACAACAAGCCUCCGCAGGCAAACCUGCUGGACUUAGACGAGCUGCAGCGGCGUUUCCGUAUGCAGACUCCUCUGAGAAUGGAGUGGUCGAGCGUUUACACGAUCAAACAGGUGCAGCCGGACAACACAUGUGUAGACGUGGAGAUGGUCCUCCUCGCCGUCUUAAUGGAAAACGGCGACCUUGUUUUGUGGAAGUUUGUGUUGCCCUUUGUAAACGGGGCAGAUGUCGUCUUUUAUGAUAUCGUCGAAUCGGGUGUGACUAGACCCAGUGACUUGGCGUGGUGGGAGUAUGAAAGCGCAGAUCGCCGGAUGAGCGGGCUGAUCGUCGGCAGUGAAGUGGGACCCGUCAAGAUCAUGCCGGUCAGCCUGUCGGGAGUGAAGGGCUACUUCACCCUCCGUCACCCCGUCAUCCUCUGGAAGGAGUGUGACGAAAUCGCCGUCGAAAACCUCAAAUGUGUCCCGAUGAUUCACCCGAUCCAAAAAUCCAGCUGCAGCCUCAUCGUGGCCUCGCGCGGCUGCUACGUCUUUUGGUGUUUGCUCAUGAUUUCGCCUGCCGGACUAAAUGUACACAACUCUCACGUGGCAGGACUGCACUCCCUCCCUGUGGUCUCGCUAGCGGUUAGUCAGCAUGGCGUUGCAGUGUACACGUGUUCCAUAGACGGAUGGAUAAAAAAGCUGACACCAACAUUUACAGAGAACACUCUGAUUUUCAAACAAGAGGACAUGUUGCGACCUGAAAACCUAACGGGGAGGAGGAUACACGGGAUCGCCGUGAGCCACAACGGAGCAUAUAUUGCGCUUGUCAGCACGCAAGGUAUGGUUGGCGGCCAUCAUCCAAUUCACAGGACCUACCAGGUUCACUUUGUGACCCUCAAAACGCCAGAAAUGGCGGCGACACUACUGCUAAAGUCCCCCACGCAGAACCUGUAUAAAAUGGCCGACCUGCUUGAUCUCGUGAGGUGGCAAGUUUUGAAAAACAAGUGCAUCCCUGCGUCGCUGCUGGAAGAGCUCGAUCAAAAGAUCCAGGAAGUAGACUCGCCCUACUUGUGGCGUUUCAAGCUCUUUCUGGUGCGUAUGCUUUACCAGUCGCUACAGACGCCUCCCACAGAUCACCGAUGGAAACCUUCACACGAGGAGCGCAAGGUGUUUGUAAGAGACGAGGAAGAGGAGAACGGAACGGACGAAGGUGCAGCACAAGAGGAAGGCGAGCCUGGUGGGGUGAAACAGGAGAAGGAGGAGCAGCUGGAGGAGGUGCAGGCUUGGAUCAAUGCUGUAGAGACCCACCUGAUGAGAGAGAACAUGAAGAAGGUGCUGGGGGUGGUGUACCUCAACACCUGGAUUGCUCAGAACACCAGCAUACCCACCUGUGGCCUGGUGGAGUACCUCUCCAAAGACGCCAACGACAGAGCUUCAGAGGUCCUGAUUGGCCACAUCAAGAACAAGUUGAACAAGCAGACGUUCUCGGAGCGCUGCAGCCUGUGUCGGGCGGUGCUGCCCUUCUCCGACCACAAACAAGCAACCUGUGAAAACGGUCACAUGUGGCUCAGGUGUGUGUUGUCAUACCAGGCCUGCCAGACGCUGACGUUCAGACGUUGCCUCCUGCUGGAUAGCAUCGCCAGGCUGCCAGAGCCUGAGGAUCCAGAGUGGAUAAAGAAGAUCCUGCUGGCGCCCUGCACGCUCUGUGACUCGCCCAUGAUCUAGAGCUGACCGUUUGGAGGAACCUCAGGGCUUCCCUGUGACCUUCAGAGCUUCCCGCUCUGACACAGGGUCCAAUUUUGUCAGAUAUCACUGCUACAGUUUUUUAUUUUAUUUUUUACAUUUUUUAUUUCAUGUGUUUUGUUCACAGUUUUAUUACUUUAUAUUACUAUGUUAAAAGUGCAAAUAAAAGGCUUUGAUUAUA